AUGGGUUCUUUGUUUUCAAAAAAAAAGAUUUAGUUGUAAAAGUAAAAUGAAUAAGUUUGUGAAUAAAUAAAGGUGAUUUAGCCAAAUUAUUAAUUAUUUAGUUCAUCAUAUUUACACUUAGAUUACGAGAACAAAAAUAUUAAUAAAAAUAAUAUAUCUUUUGUUGCAAAUAUGUUAAAGGAAUUUUAAAACAUAGAGACUUUAAUACUUAAUUUCGAUUAAAAUUAAAUUAAUGAGCAAGGAAUAGCUGAUAUUGGAAAUGCUAUUUAAUCAUGCUAAAACCUAAAAAAAUUACUUAUUGAUCUCUUUGGAAAUUACUUAGGAGAUUUAGGAUCUAUCACUUUAGGAGCUUAAUUAAGCUAUUUAAAAAAUAUGACAUCUCUAAAUUUAAAUUUGAGAUAUAACUAGAUAAAUGAUGAAGGAGCAUUAGGAAUAAUUGUAGGAAUCUCUUAAUUAACAAAUCUUAAAGAUUUGGUUUUAAUGUUGAAUGAUAACAUUAUUAGUGACGAAGGUGCAUUAAAUAUAGGUACAAAAUUAGCUUUUUGCUAAAAUCUUACAAAACUAAAAUUAGAUUUAAAUACGAAUUAUAUAAGUGAUUCUGGAGCAUCCAAUCUUGGAGAUGGGCUAGGAUAAUGUUAAGUCUUAAGUAUUUUAGAGCUUAAUUUAAGAUGUAAUAAAAUUCAAGAUUGUGGAGGUUUUAACUUAUCUAAAAAAUUAGCUAAUUGUAAAAAUUUAACACAUUUAGAACUAAAUUUGAGCUAAAAUACAAUCAGCAUGCAGAUAGAGCAAUAUUUUUAAGGGUUUGAUUAGUUAAAUAAGUUGAAAACCUUGAUUUUGGAUUUAAAAGAGAACUGUUUGGAAGAUAUAGGAAUUUAAAAUUUAAGCUUGUCCAUAUCAUAAUUUAAAAGUAUAGAAAAAAUCUAAUUAAAUUUAAAUAGAAACCUUAUAGAUAAAAUAUCUGAUUUAGGAGUGGGAUUAGCUUAAUGUGACAAUCUUACCAGUAUCCAUCUUGAGUUAAAUAAAAAUAAAAUCACUUCAGAUGGUUUUUUUGGAUUAUUUAGUAAGUUAGUGAAGAAGUAAAACUUAGCAGAGUUGAAUAUAAAUUUGAAUGAAAACAAGCUCCGAGAUAAUUCAUUAACAACUCUAUAAACUUAAUAAGAAAUAAACACUAAUUUAGUAAACUUGAUACUAAAUUUAUAAUUCAAUAGAUUGUUCUCUAAAAAUUCUUAAUUAUUAUUCAAAACUCUUGCUUACCUUUCUAGUUUAUCAGAAUUGAAUAUUGAUUUAUACAAUAAUCAGAUAGGAGACGAAGGUACUUGCUAUUUGGCUGAAGGAUUAGAAAAAUUUUAGAAACUUGAAACUCUCAUUUUAAACUUAUAAGAAAAUAAAAUUAGUGAUAAGGGAGCUUCUUAAUUAGGUUUAAAACUAGCUAGUUGCAAAUAAUUAAAAAUUUUAUCAAUAAAUAUCAGUUAAAACACAAUUGGUAUUGAGGAUAAAUUUUUAAUGGUGGAAGGAUUAGCUAAGUGUAGAAAACUAGAAGUUUUAAAACUGAAUUUCAAAGAUAAUUGUUUACAAAAUGAAAAAGUCUUUACAUUAUAAUAUUUAAUCAAAGAAUUAAGAUUUUUGAAAAUCCUUGACAUAGAUUUAAAUAAAAAUAGCAUAUUUGAAAGCCUCAUCAUUACUUUGCUCGAAUAUGUUUAAAAUUGCUAAUAUCUAAGAAUAUUGAAGAUAGGAUCUGGAUCUCUUAGUCUUGAAAAAGGUGCUUUAUUAAGAAGAAUAUUAAAAUGCAAGAGACUAACUUAGUUUUACUUAAAUUUUUGA